CUGAUUUCCAAGACUAUGGGUCUGCGAGAUACAAUCCGUAAUCUACGGCCGGAUAGUCCCGGCCGGGACAAGGGAAGUAUCGAGCUUCAGCAUCGGAGUCCAAGGAGCGUGUGUCAUCAUAACCAGGUGGCCGCCGUCCAGGUCACCGAGCAGUCGCUACAGGUAUGGCGCGCACUGCCAGCCGAAAUUCGCCAUGAUCCCAGCAUGGCAAGUUUUCAGAUGGAGAACGAACGCAUCCACGGUUCCUCGGCAGGAGCCAGCGACGAUGAGGAUGAGGAGGGAUAUGAUGAGGUCAACAGAAAGAAUCGUGUUCAAGAUGAACCGGGAUCGAGUUAUGCGGGUUCCGACUUCUUGGACAUCAAGACCAGGCCUGGUGAUGAGAAUGCCACCGAUGACGAGGCUACCACCCAUUCUGACCACGAACCGGCUAAUGGACCGGGCAAUGCCAAAUCUCAGGCACGGCGGAUUCAUCACAAGUCCAAGCGCUCUAAGGAGCAGAGACAGCGAGAUAAAUUGUGGAAACGAGCUGGCUUGCUCCUCUUUUGGUUGCUUGCUGCCGUGGUGCUGAUCUCAGUAGGGGAGAAGCAUCUGCUGGAGAAGACUAUCGAUGUGCCACAGGGAGAUCAAGGAAAGUAUUUUAAAUUGUUGCAAAAACCCACCGGAGACUUUCGGCUGAAGAUCCAUGGCGCUUUUAGGGAGCUCUCCACGCUGGAUACCCCUGAAAAUGAGACUUUGAGCUUUGGAUUUCUAACUGUGCAGCCGCAGGUGUCUACUUACAUUGGCGAGAAUCGCAGUCAAGUGUUCCAGGACAUUCUUCCGGCUUGGCGUCUACCACUGCUCUCUGAAGAGGAGUUGGUACGUUCUCCGGCUGUGGCCAGUAAUCGCACUUACCAGAUGACUCAGGAACUGAGCGACAUCCUGGGAGAAAAGGAUAGCGAGUUCCGUUUGCAUAUCCACAGCGAUGUUGAGACGGAUUUGGCGAUUAUCCUAAACUACAAUCCAUUGAUAGUGAAUGCCAGAACGGGGAGUAUACUGGCUGGUCUGAUCUUAUUGAUCUUCUAUGCCUUGCUGGUGUGGGAACUCUUUGAAAGAACUUUUGUGGCUAUGAUAUGUUCUAUACUUUCGGUCACGGCUCUGGCCUGCUUUAAUGAUCGCCCAAACAUGGAUGAGAUUAUCCAAUGGAUGGAUAUGGAACUGCUGACCUUACUAUUUUGCAUGAUGUUGCUUAUUUUGAUACUGACGGAAACGGGAGUCUUUGACUACUUGGCUGUAUUUUGUUUUGAAAUAUCAGGUGGCAAGAUAUGGCCAAUGAUAUACAGUCUUUGUUUAGUCACCUGUCUAGUGUCCAGUGUGCUGGACAACAUGACAACAGUGCUGCUUCUUACACCAGUAGCUAUCCGUUUGUGUGAGGUGAUGCAGUUGGAUCCGCUGCCUGUGGUGAUGGGCAUCAUAGUACAUGCUAAUAUCGGAGGAGCACUUACACCCAUCGGAGAUCCCAUCAGUAUUAUAGUCAGCACUAAUCACUUUAUUGUUGAUAAUGAUGUCACCUUUCCCACCUUUGUGGCCCACACUUUCCCCGGGGUUCUGUUAGCUGUUUUCCAAAGUUGCAUAUAUCUGCGUCUGUUCUAUCACAAUAUCGACGCACUACGUCUCAAUGAACCCAAGGAGAUGAGUGAACUAAGAAGAGAGAUGAAGGUAUGGCAGAGGGCCCUUAAUGCAGUGGCCUCCUGUUCCAAGGAUGCGCAAUUAGUGAGGGGAACUCUUCAGGGUAAAGUUAAGCAGCUGAAGAGAACUCUUAGAAGAUUGCAAAAGGGUGUGGGAUCCUCGGAGGUCUAUACCAAUACCCUGGAUGAGCUUAAGCAAAAGUACCCGAUCAAAAACAAGACUCUGCUAUUGCAAUCCGCUGGAGCCCUAAUGUUCGUCAUAAUCUGCUUCUUUAUUCAAUCCGUGCCACAUUGGAGGACUCUGCCUCUCGGUUGGGUAGCUCUGCUGGGUGUGAUCCUGUUGCUGAUCAUUCUGAAUCGCGAUGACAUGGAGCAUCUGAUGCACCGCAUCGAAUGGACCACGUUACUCUUCUUUGCUGCCAUGUUUGUGAUGAUGGAGUGCGUGGAGCGACUGGGCAUCUUCUCCUGCAUAAGUGAGCUCACGGAACACGUGAUUCUUUCGGUGGGCAAGAAUCAUCGCCUGGCAAUGGCCAUUUUCAUGAUACUGUGGAUGUCUGCCCUGGCAUCCUCUAUAUUGGAUAGCAUUCCGGUGGCUGCCAUGAUGGUGAAGUUGGUCACAUCACUAGUGGCCAAGCCGUCGCUUGGAUUACCUCUCCAGCCUCUUGUUUGGGCGUUGACUCUGGGAGCUUCGAUGGGUGGGAAUGGAACGCUGUACGGAGCAUCAGCCAAUGUCAUUGCAGCUGGUAUUGCCGAACAACAUGGCUAUAAGCUCUCAUUCACCCGAUAUUUGAGGACAGUGUUUCCCAUGAUGCUGGGCCAGAUCACCCUGAUGACUGUCUAUCUACUCGUGGCUCACGUUGUCUUUGAAUGGCAUUGAGACUCUUUUCGUAUUUAUUAUCCCAGUCCCGAAUUAAUAAUAUAUUAUUAUAUCUAAUGGAAAAUGUUUUUUCACCUCGAAACUAUGGUUAUUUUGUGUCAGAUUUUACUGUAGUUAUUGUCCUUUUACAACCGAGUCUUGAUGUGUUUUCUGUAUUUUGAAAUAAAUAAUAAGAAUAUCUGUACCUAAGAGUUUAUUUGUGAUUGGCAAAUGAAUUAAAAUAUACAUAAAAUAUUGAA